UUUGACUUUCAGUUUCAUUUCUUUGUUUGCGACAGUUGGUUUUGUCCAGUUUGACAUAUUUUUCAGCGUUGGAAAGACUUUGAAAAAAAUAAAUCAUGAAAACGUUUUUUUCCGUAGUUGCUUUCUGCGUCGUGUUGGUGACCAUAAACGCACGAGAAUCUCCCCCCAUGGUGAAGGUGUACAGCCGUAACCCAGGGGAAUAUGGGAAAGACAACACCCUGAUCUGUCACGUGAGUGGCUUCCACCCCCCUGACAUCAGCAUCCAGCUCCUGAAGAACGGCGUGGAGAUCCCCGACGCCAAGCAGACAGACCUGGCCUUCCAACAGGGAUGGCAGUUCCACCUCACCAAGAGUGUUGGAUUCACACCAGCCAGCGGAGAGGAGUACACCUGUAGAGUCCGUCACCUGAAGAAUCUGAAUACCUACAUCUGGGAAUCAGAUAUGUAAGGCUUCGGUGUUCAUCGCUGCAGAAGCGCCAAGAGGCGGGGACCCGCCUGAACGCCUGCAAUAGGCUGAGCAAGUUUAAACCACGCCCAGUCUCUACUGUGAUAGGCCAACAGACGGGUUGGAACUGUCUAUCACAGUAUAAAGAAUACUGUUUUACAUACGUCUUGUCAGUUCCCUGUUCUGCCCUGCGUGGUAUUACAGUGAGCCCGUAUAUACAAAAAUUGCAUUUGCCAUUUAUGACUUAGCUAAUAAAAAAUACAUAGUAUAAAAUCGGUGACUCAUUGUUAUAUUUAUCCUGAUACCAGAUUUGAAUUUACGCAACUCUAACAUUAGCCAAACACUGUUGCUUUUAGCCGAGGCUACUGUUAGCCAAACACUGUUGCUGUUAGCCGAGGCUACUGUUAGCCAAACACUGUUGCUGUUAGCCUA